GGGUGUGCGCUGCCAGGCCCCCCGCGGGCGGCGCCUUUGUUCCGCGCUCUAAGGAGGCGCAUUUAAAGGGCCAGCUGUUGGAGGGACCUGGGGGACCCCUCUCCCCCAGAGCAUCCCCCGAUGGGCACGGGGAAAGCGGUGGUCGCCCGCUGCCGAACCGUCCAUCCUGCCUGCUCGGCGGAUCCCCAGUCUUUCCAGGAAAGUUCCCUAGGGUGCGGAGGAAAUGAGGGCUUCCAGGGUUGGGUGUUUUUUUUUUUUUCUUAUUUUGGUGGGUGGGGGGUAGUGCGAUCAUGGCCUCUGCUAGGAGAGACUGUCCUCCCUUCUCAGGGUGGCUGCAGUGUGGGUGGGUGGAAGAGACAUCAAAGCCCGGAUGGGUUUGUGCUGUAAAGUGAAACUACCGAGGAGGGGCACCUCUGCAGAAGCCAGAGGAAGGCGGAGGGAGCGAGCGGCAGGAUGGAGGCAUCUCAGAGCAGUUCAGAGCCCCAGUUGCAGACGACUUGUCCUGCCACCACCAUGAGCUCUGAAUGUGAUGGUGGUUCCAAAGCUGUGGUGAAUGGCUUGGCACCCAGCAGUAAUGGGCAAGACAAAGACAUGGAUCCCACGAAAAUCUGCACUGGAAAGGGAGCAGUGACUCUCCGGGCCUCGUCUUCCUAUAGGGAAACACCAAGCAGUAGCCCUGUGAGCCCUCAGGAAACCCCGCAACACAAAAGCAAACCAGGGCUGGAGCCAGAGCCUUCGUCUGCAGAUGAGUGGAGGCCUUCUUCCAAUGCUGAUGCCAAUGGAAAUGCCCAGCCUUCUUCACUCGCUGCCAAGGGCUACAGAAGUGUGCAUCCCAACCUACCUUCCGACAAGUCCCAGGAUUCCAGUCCUCUACUAAAUGAAGUUUCUUCUUCCCUUGUUGGAACUGAUUCCCAAGCCUUUCCACCAGUUAGCAAGCCUUCUUCCGCCUAUCCCUCCACAACGAUUGUCAACCCUACUAUUGUGCUCUUGCAACACAAUCGAGAACAGCAAAAACGACUCAGUAGCCUUUCAGAUCCUGUCUCAGAAAGAAGAGUGGGAGAGCAGGACUCAGCCCCAACCCAGGAAAAACCCACCUCACCUGCCAGAGCUGCUGAAAAAAGAGCAAAGGAUGAUAGUAGGCGGGUGGUGAAGAGCGCUCAGGACCUAAGCGAUGUUUCCAUGGAUGAAGUGGGCAUCCCACUCCGGAACACUGAGCGAUCAAAAGACUGGUACAAGACUAUGUUUAAACAGAUCCACAAACUAAACAGAGAUGAUGAUUCAGAUCUGUACUCUCCCAGAUACUCGUUUUCUGAAGACACAAAAUCUCCCCUUUCUGUGCCUCGCUCAAAAAGUGAGAUGAGCUACAUUGAUGGUGAGAAGGUAGUCAAGAGGUCGGCCACACUACCCCUCCCAGCCCGCUCUUCCUCACUGAAGUUAAGCCCAGAAAGAAAUGACUGGGAACCCCCAGAUAAGAAAGUAGAUACAAGAAAAUACCGUGCAGAGCCCAAAAGCAUUUACGAAUAUCAGCCGGGCAAAUCUUCUGUUCUGAGCAACGAAAAGAUGAGUCGGGAUAUAAGCCCAGAAGAGAUAGAUUUAAAGAAUGAACCUUGGUAUAAAUUCUUUUCGGAAUUGGAGUUUGGGAAACCGCCUCCCAAAAAGAUAUGGGAUUAUACUCCUGGAGACUGCUCUAUCCUUCCUAGAGAGGAUAGAAAGGUAAUUCCGCUGUGCCUCCUCUGUUGGACUGUGUGUGCUCUCUACAUAUAUUCUUCCAACUUCCAUGCAGUGAAGAGGGAAUCAGAUGGGGCUCCCGGGGAUCUCACUAGCUUGGAGAAUGAGAGACAAAUUUACAAAAGUGUCUUGGAAGGUGGCGACAUCCCUCUUCAGGGCCUGAGUGGGCUCAAGCGACCAUCCAGCUCAGCUUCCACAAAAGUGGAUCGUAAAGGUGGGAAUGCUCACAUGAUUUCUUCAUCUUCAGUCCAUAGCCGAACGUUUAACACUAGCAAUGCGUUAGGCCCUGUGUGUAAGCAAAAGAAGCCCCUGUCAGCUGCGAAAGCCUGCAUUUCGGAAAUCCUUCCUUCCAAAUUCAAACCCAGGCUCUCUGCUCCCAGCGCUCUUUUGCAGGAACAGAAGAGUAUCCUCUUGCCCUCAGAGAAGGCUCAAAGCUGUGAGAACCUUUGUGUUUCCGGUUCUUUGAAUGAUUCCAAAAGAGACCUCCCCCUCCAAGUGGGAGGGAGCAUCGAGAACCUGCUCAUGCGCUCCCGACGGGAUUAUGACAGCAAGUCGAGCAGCACCAUGAGCCUCCAAGAGUACGGCACCAGCGGCAGGAGGCCCUGCCCUCUCUCAAGAAAGGCUGGGAUGCAGUUCACCAUGCUCUACCGGGACAUGCACCAGAUCAACCGAGCCGGCCUCUUCCUGGGCUCCGUCUCCUCCUCCUCGAGUGUGCGGGAUCUCGCCUCCCACUUUGAAAAGAGUGGCCUGGCAUUGUCCAGGGGUGAGCUGGGCCCCAGCCAGGAGGGCUCAGAACACAUCCCCAAGCACACCGUCUCUUCCCGCAUCACGGCUUUUGAGCAGUUAAUUCAGCGGUCCCGUUCCAUGCCGUCCCUGGACCUGUCCGGCAGGCUGAGCAAGUCUCCCACACCCGUGCUGUCCCGGGGAAGCCUGACUUCAGCCCGCUCGGCCGAGUCCCUCCUUGAGUCAACCAAGCUUCGUCCCAAGGAGAUGGAUGGGAUGAACUCCAUUGGGGUCUAUGCCUCCCCAACAUGUAGCAAUAUGGCGCACCAUGCCUUGGGCUUCAGGGGCCUUGUGCCUUCUGAGCCCCUCUCCACCUGCUCUGAUGACCUGGACCGCUGUUCAAAUAUCUCCACUGACAGCAGAGAAGGCAGUGGCGGCAGCGUUCAUGGAGAUUUCCCCAAACAUCGCCUCAAUAAGUGCAAGGGCACCUGCCCGGCCUCAUACACCCGCUUCACCACCAUCCGGAAGCAUGAGCAGCAGCAGACCUCUAGACAGCCCGAGUGGCGCCUGGAUUCCAGAGGGGACAAGAGCACCCUCCUCAGGAACAUCUACCUAAUGAGCCCCCUUCCUUUCCGGCUGAAAAAGCCCCUCCAGCACCACGCCAGACAACCUUCCCCCGGUGACUCCUCAGGCCUGCUGGUGGGCCAGAAGCCAGACCUACCCAGUCAGCCCCAUCAGGACCAGCCCCCUUCUGGGGGGAAGCCCGUGGUUCCCACACGCCUGUCUUCCCGACACACCAUGGCCAGGCUUAGCCGCAGCUCAGAGCCCUCUCAGGAGAGACCCGCGGCCCUGGAGGACUACCCAAGGGUCAUUAAUAAUGGAAACUCCGUGCCAUACUCAGACCACAGGCUGGACAGGAACAACAACCCUCAAAGUGAACUGGCACCGUCCCGCGGAGAUUCGGAAUCGCCAAGACAUUUUAUACCAACUGAUUACUUGGAAUCCACAGAAGAAUUUAUUCGAAGACGUCAUGAUGAUAAGGAGAAACUUUUAGCGGACCAGAGACGACUUAAGCGCGAGCAAGAAGAGGCUGAUAUUGCAGCUCGACGCCACACGGGCGUCAUUCCGACGCACCAUCAGUUUAUCACUAAUGAGCGCUUUGGGGACCUCCUCAAUAUAGACGAUACCGCAAAAAGGAAAUCUGGGUCAGAGAUGAGACCUGCCAGAGCCAAAUUUGACUUUAAAGCUCAGACACUAAAGGAGCUUCCUCUGCAGAAGGGAGAUAUUGUUUACAUUUAUAAGCAAAUUGAUCAGAACUGGUAUGAAGGAGAACACCACGGCCGGGUGGGAAUCUUCCCACGCACCUACAUUGAGCUUCUUCCUCCUGCUGAGAAGGCUCAGCCCAAAAAGUUGACACCAGUGCAGGUUUUGGAAUAUGGAGAAGCUAUUGCUAAGUAUAACUUUAAUGGUGAUACACAAGUAGAAAUGUCCUUCAGAAAGGGUGAGAGGAUUACACUGCUCCGGCAGGUAGAUGAGAACUGGUACGAAGGGAGGAUCCCAGGGACAUCCCGACAAGGCAUCUUCCCCAUCACCUACGUGGAUGUGAUCAAGCGGCCACUGGUGAAAAACCCCGUGGAUUAUGUGGACCUGCCUUUUUCCUCCUCCCCAAGUCGCAGUGCCACUGCGAGCCCACAGUUUUCCAGUCACAGCAAGCUCAUCACGCCAGCCCCCUCAUCUCUGCCCCACUCCCGCCGAGCCCUGUCCCCUGAGAUGCACGCCGUCACCUCUGAGUGGAUCUCACUGACUGUGGGGGUCCCAGGCAGGCGUUCUCUGGCCCUGACCCCACCCUUGCCUCCUCUGCCAGAGACUUCUGUCUAUAACACUGACCACCUCGCCUUGUCCCCGAGGGCCAGUCCCUCCCUGUCUCUCAGCCUCCCGCAUUUGAGUUGGUCCGAUCGUCCCACCCCACGAUCAGUAGCUUCUCCACUGGCCCUACCUUCACUGCACAGAACCUACUCCCUAGCACCCAGUUCCCAGGCCUCCCUUCACAUCAGUGGAGACGGUGGCGUCCACCAAGAUAGCUUCUCGCAGCAGCCGCCGCUGGGGAGCUCUGAUAGUGUCAUCUCCCAGCUUAGUGAUGCCUUUAGCAGCCAGAGCAACAGGCAGCCGUGGCGCGAAGAGAGCGGACGAUAUGAGAGGAAAGCAGAGAGGGAGGCAGGCGAGAGAGGCCCUGGUGGACCCAAGAUCUCUAAGAAGAGCUGCUUGAAGCCUUCAGACGUGGUCAGGUGCCUGAGUACUGAACAGAGACUCUCAGAUCUCAACACCCCUGAGGAGAGCCGGCCCGGCAAGCCCCUGGGUAGCGCUUUUCCAGGAAGUGAGGCUGAGCAGACAGAGCGGCAUAGAGGUGGCGAGCAGGCGGGGAGGAAAGCUGCUCGCAGAGGUGGGAGCCAGCUUUCUCAUCAUUCAUUGAGAGCAGGACCUGAUCUCACAGAAUCUGAAAAGAGCUAUGUGGAAGCGGUUUGCAAUGAGAUCAUAAACAUUGCCGAAAAAUCUGUUCAUUACUGCAGCACUGUUUCUCAUCCCCUUGACUUUCAUCACAAGGUAUCCCCUUCUGACAAUAAAUCAUCUUUAAUCAUUUCUCAGCAACCUCAAGCCCAGCAGCGAAGAGUCACCCCCGACAGGAGUCAAACCUCACAAGAUUUAUUUAGCUAUCAAGCAUUAUAUAGCUAUAUACCACAGAAUGAUGAUGAGUUGGAACUCCGAGAUGGAGACAUUGUUGAUGUCAUGGAAAAAUGUGACGAUGGAUGGUUUGUUGGUACUUCAAGAAGGACAAGGCAGUUUGGUACUUUUCCAGGCAACUAUGUAAAACCUUUGUAUCUAUAAGAAGACUGAAAACCGUGGAGAUUAUUUUUAUUGGAGGAUGAAGCAUCAUUCAUGAACUGAUCUUUUUAGUUGAGUCAGUAGGAAAAUGAAUACAGUGGAUAAAGUAAGAAGCAAAAGACAGGGACAGAGAAGUCUAGUGUUUAAAGCCCAAGCCUGUCUAAGGUUACUAUAUAUUAGACAGGGCCGAACUAGUGUGCUGAGCAAAAAGAAUUGAGGCAAAUUGUAUUUACUUAGUCACUUCUGGGAGCCACUCCAACCUUUUCCCCUCCCCUCCACCUCUUGGGUAAUCUGACCUGAAGCAUAGUCCAGGAGCAGAGUUAGUCAGAAAUGCCUCCUGCUGCCCCAGCCUGAGAGAGCUCCCAUCUCAAAGGAAUUAUUGAGCCUGAAGGCUUCAAGCCUAAGAAUGCACCAAGACCCCCAGCCUACAUCUCCCAGCUCCCCUGAAGCUGGCUGAUCCUCUUAACACUGCUGGAGGUCAGUCUGGGCUGCCUAGGCUGUCCCUAGACAAAGGUGGAGUCCCCCAAACUGCCCAACACCAAAUCCUCACUCAACUUGCUGAGGUGUGGAUGGAGGAAUGGAGGCAAAACUUGGGCUCCCGAUGCAUUCAGCUUGUGGUGCAGCACUGCCGUUGACUGCCCUGGUGUUCAGACAGAAAAGCACACGAGGUUUGCCCAUGAGAACUGGGGAGCAGAUGGCCAAGCAGAUAGGUUACCAAGUGUAUUUCCUGUGAUUAAGUCAGGAAGUGCUGUAGCUCUCAAGGCCACUGAAUGGUCCAUUCUUUUCCCACAUCCCUGGCUUUUAUAAAAAUGUUAUCUUCAGGACAGCGCGGCUGCACUUACCAGAGCACUAUUGCCCACUUUUCUUUUCUGGCUUAUGUUUGUCUGGGACAGUUUGGAAUUGGGAGGUCUAUUCUCAUAGAAAACCAAAAUGAUGUUCAACAAUUAAUUUAACAUUCACCAACUUACGCUGGCUGCUAGGGGGACACUGAUAAGCAAGACAUGCCCAGGCUUUGCUGUGGCUCCAGAUCUACUCCCUGUGGGAGUUCAAGGAUCACACAAAAUGUAGUAAUCAGGGUUGUGAAUUUGAGUACACCCUGGCAAGGCUUCCCUUCAGACGGAAGCAGCAAUUCUGCCACUGCCAGCAGCAACCAGGAUGUCUGUCUGGGGGGUUGUAUCAGAAGAGAGAGGCCCCUGUGACGCCUGGGGUGCUUGGUCACAACUCUGUCCAAUUCAAGGAUGUUUAUUGGCCUCUCUCUUAGACCCCUUAGUGAGACAGCUACAGAAAUGGCCCAUUCCCUGCCCACCAGGAACUCAGAGGUGAUUGGGGAGACAGACACAGGAAAAAGAACAUAAGCAAGAGAGACUGUGAUAUGUGCUAAGAAGGAUGUGAGGGAGGAAGAGAUGAGUUUUCCCUGGAGGGAUCCUAGAAUGCAUUGUCAUAUUUCUGUCUCCAUUAGCUCACUUUUAAACAACUAGGAUGCUGGAAGAACCUUUGUCUGAGGAUAGUUCAUAGCUGGAAAUACUUGGAAUGUUUUCCAGAGUCUCCAAAUUCUCGUCUUCCCCACAGAUACACAUCCAAGUUCACAAAUAGGAGUAGCACUUCUAGGAGAUAGGGGUGUGUACAGGAACCCCUGGCUGUCUGCAUAUAGCUCAGAAUUACACCAGGACCAUUGUCCCAAAGUCUAGAGUCUUUACAGGUAGGCGAAAUUUAUUUUCAAUACCUGUACUUCAGCUGCUGUCACAAAUACCCAUCUUAGGAUCCCACCAGCCUCCCACCUCCCACCAGACAGCCACAGCACCCUCACUUUCUCCCUAUUGUUCUUUCAAAUUCCUUUGUCAGGAAAGAAGCUGCCACUAGUUCAUUAAAACUAAGGUGUAAAUGAUUGAUGGUAGGAAUGUGUUACCUCUUCCCACAGACAAUUGUUUUUAAGUAGGACAGAGCAGGGCCUUUUGGGAAUCCCAAUGUUAAAGGCUAUGGAACUGCAGGAGGUGAGCUUUCUGGGUAGAAGGAGACUUCCUGAUUUUCCUUAAGACCCAGUAAGAGUAAGACCUAUUCCUUUGGAAGGUCUGCUCCACCAUCUAAGAGCACUGUUUUUUUGUUUGUUUGUUUGUUUUACUGUCUCUGAGGCAAUAUAGUAAAAAUGCAUAUGCACGUGCAGUUUGCACGGCAGCAUUUCACCUGUUUUGGAAUGUAUUGGCUAAUGUGUUUCCUGGUCUUUCUUAGACGCAAACCAUUAACAACACUAUCUUAUCGAAUAGUUUUUUUGAGGGGUGCUUCUUGAUUAGGUAGGUAGUUUUGAACAUGUCUUUAAAUACAGCUAGAAAAUAAAACCAAUUUGUAAAGCCACAUUUGCAUAUGAUGCCAGCCUCACGCAUUUGUAUAUCUCCAGAAAUUCGGGUAUGCCUCACCAAUUUGCCCGCCUUUAAUAAAAUCAUGUGUUAAAAUUUGCAUCACUUCGCCUUCCUAUGUAUGAUGAAACAAGGAACAGAAGUUUCCAAUUGCUCUUUUGUCUUCAGACAUUUAGUAAUAUAAAGUACCUAUUUUUAUGCUGAAAUGUUUAUACAGGUUUAUUAAUAGCAAGUGCAACUCACUGGCGGCAUGCCUUGCAACACAUUUUGAUAUAUUAGCCAUGCUUCCGGGUAAAGGCAAGCCCCAAACUCCUUAUCUUUUGCAGUCUCUCUGGGAUCAGUAAAAAAAAAAAAAAAAAAAAAAAAAAAGGUUAUGUGCUUAAGAAGUGGGACUGUAAAUAUGUAUAUUUAACUUUGUAUAGCCCAUGUACCUACCUUGUAUAGAAAUAUAAUUUUAAAAAUUUGAGUGGAAGGGGGGUAAAGUAAGGAAGUCAUGAAGUUUUUGUGCAUUUUUAUUUAAAUGAAGGAAUUCCAAAUAACUCACCUACAGAUUUUUAACACCAAAAUAGCCACUGUAAAGUGUUAAAAUUUACAAUAAUUAUUCUACUGGGGAGGGAAGGUAACUAUAAUCUCAGUUAUAGUUUUGUUUUCUUUUUAAUUUCAUUAUUUUGUUUUGUUUUGUUUUUUUGUUUCUUUGCAGUCCUAUUUAUCUGCAGUCAUAUUAAGUCCUAUUGCUAGAAUAGGUUACUACCAAAAAGAUUAUAUUCUGAAAGAAAAAUAACUGACAUUAUAUAUAACCAAUUAAUUUAAAGUAUUGCCAUUUAAAUUACACACUGAGAGCAUGUACUAUGCAGACAUAGAUUUUUCUGUUCAUUUAUUUUUCUUCAUUGCAGUGGACUGAUAGAUGUGUUGAAUUACUACAUUUGCUGUACAUAUUAUUUAAUAAACUUUAUUCAGAAUUGCGUGGCA